AUGGUUACUGCCCAGUUGAAGGAUAUCGAUUGUUCUGCAGAUCGUUCCUUGUUCAUAAACUGUGGAGGGAGCACUGUGCCUUUUGAUGGUAAUACAUAUGAAGAAGACUCAUCUGAAGGAGGGCCAGCUGCAUUUUCCUUUGAAUCGGAAAGCUGGGGUCAUAGAAGUUCUGGGACUUUUAUGGAUAAUUCUUCAGCUCUUUUCGUGGCAAAAAAUGAUUUUGCUCUGGAUGUGAAAGGAGUUUAUGAAACUGCUCGCCUUGCUCCUCAAUCACUCAAGUACUAUGCCCUCUGUUUGCCAAAUGGCAAGUAUAAAGUGCAGCUCCACUUUGCGGAAAUUAUGUAUUCUAAUGAUCAGACAUAUAGCAGCCUUGGAAGGCGCAUAUUUGAUAUAUCAAUUCAAGGGAUCUUAUUUGAGAAGAAUUUCAAUAUUAUGAAGAAAGCAGGAGGAGUUGGUAUUCCCACCAUUAUGAACUUUAAUGACAUAGAUGUUAAGGGUAGCACACUAGAGAUACACUUGUAUUGGGCAGGCAAAGGUACCAAUGAAAUUCCUUUCAGAGGUGUCUAUGGACCUCUCAUAUCUGCCAUCACAGUGACACCAAACUUAAAGAGGGGAGGAUUAUCAGUUGGAGUUGUAAUCAGCAUUGUAGCUGCUUCAUGUGUACUUGCUGCACUGAUUUUGCUAUUCCUUCGAACGAAAGGUUACUUUGGGGGAAAGGACCUUGUUGAUGAAGAACUUCGUGGCCUGGAGCUCCAAACAGGUUAUUUCACCUUAAGACAAAUUAAACAUGCUACCAAUAACUUUGACUCCGCAAAUAAGAUAGGAGGAUUUGGGCCAGUUUACAAGGGUGUAUUGUCAGAUGGUGCUGUGAUUGCUGUUAAGCAACUAUCAUCCAAAUCGAGACAAGGAAAUCGUGAAUUUGUGAAUGAGAUAGGCAUGAUAUCUGCCUUGCAACAUCCCCAUCUCGUGAAGCUUUAUGGUGGUUGUAUUGAGGGAAACCAGUUGUUGUUAGUGUAUGAAUACUUGGAAAACAAUAGUCUUGCGCGCGCACUUUUUGGGAACAAGGAACCCCAGAUUAAAUUGGACUGGCAGACAAGAAAGAAGAUAUUGUUGGGUAUUGCAAAGGGAUUAGCUUAUCUUCAUGAGGAAUCAAGGCUGAAAAUUGUACACAGAGACAUAAAGGCAACCAAUGUACUGCUUGAUAAGGACCUAAAUGCCAAGAUAUCUGACUUUGGGUUAGCCAAGCUUGAUGAAGAAGAAAACUCUCAUAUAAGCACACGAAUAGCUGGAACAAUUGUGUCGGAGGCCUAUGUCCUGCAUGAGAGAAACAGCCUUCUAGAGCUUGUGGAUCCAAGUAUUGGUUCAAGCUACUCGAGAGAAGAGGCAAUGAUGAUGCUUAACUUGGCUCUCUUGUGUACCAACUUAUCUCCCACUCUAAGGCCAUCAAUGUCUUCCGUAGUGAGAAUGCUUGAGGGCAAAAUUCCAGUUCAAGCUCCGACAAUCAACCGCGGUAGCUUGAGCCAGGAGGCAAGGUUCAAAGCCUUCGAUCUUUUAUCACAAGAUAGCCAAACACAUGUGUCCACUUUCUCUCAAAGCAGUCACGUGCACAGAAGCAUAUCGAAGGAUGGAUCAUGGAUAGCUUCCUCAUCUUCCUUCCAAAUUAAAGAUGAGACUAAGGAAAGCACACAGAAAAGCACACAGAAAUGGUGUUAG